AUGGACGAGUCGUUGUCUAUUCCACGAUUGGAACUUUGUGGGGCCCUGUUACUUGCCCAAACGCUACAUCGUGUUCAACAAACCCUUGCCAAAAUGGUACAUAUCUCAUCUAUGCACGCAUGGACGGAUUCCACUGUUGUGCUCGCGUGGAUAACUACUCACCAAGUACAAUUUAAGGUAUUCGUUACAAACCGGUUGAAUAAGAUCGCGGAACUGAUACCAUCAUGCACAUGGCGUCACGUUUCCACGCUGAACAACCCAGCAGACUGUGUUUCACGCGGAAUGCAUGCCAACGAAGCACUGUCACAUACUCUGUACUGGACCGGCCCCGAGUUCCUGCGUCAACCGGAGAGUGGCUGGUCGUCCACUGGUUUUAACGUCAUGCCACUCGACAGACUCCCAGAACGUCAGAUCCCUACAGAAUCAAUUAAUCUUGUCACCGUUCCAACCCUCAGUACUGAUUGGUUACAGCGUUUUUCUUCAUUCACUCGGGUCACUCGAAUUGUCGCCCACAUGUAUCGGUUUAUAUGUCGUAUUCGAAAUCAAUUUUCAUAUUCGGGUUUUAUUCGUUGGUCAGAGCUAGAGCAUGCUCUCAAGAUAAUCGUUAAAGUUACUCAAUCACAUGAAUUUCGAGACUUAAUCAAAACCUUGUCAUGCAACAGAAAUGGUACAAUUCCACUGUCCGUUGCGUGA